UUGUAUUGGGCAGCUUCUAAACGGCUUAGGCUGCUUCAUUCAAGUAUUAUACUUUUAAUUCUUGGCGAUGUAUCUCUUGUCUGUGACACCUGGUUUGGCUUAUAUAAUAGAAAUAGACUAAUGUUGCACGGUUGAGGUGUUAAAUGAUAGGAAACAGUCUUAUAUUCAUUUAAAUUCAGUAAGCAGGAUUACAAUUUUAUCUGCGAGGAACGAUUCCAAAUAUAAUGGAUCAAAUACAAGAUCAAAAUUGUCCUAUUUGUUUUGAAAACAAAGAAGAUUUGAGAAUGCUGUCAUGUUGGCAUUUCGCCUGUAUGAAUUGUAUACUUAACAUGGCACAACGAGGCGAAGGAAGAGCUGUAAAAUGUCAUGAGUGCAGACAAGUAAGUUUAUUUGAAAAUAUUCGUUACCUUCCCAAACCUUUGAAAUGUGGAUGUUGCAACCAAAUUCUCAAAAAUUCAAAAGUUAUGCCAUGUUGUUCGAAACUGUACUGCAUCGAUUGCAUUACGAAGAAAUCAGCAGUAACGGAUGCGCGGUUGGUUUGUCCUGGCGGUUGUUCAUACCAAUUUCACAGUGUUGAUGAAUUACCAAAAUCGAAGUUAUGUAGUUUGUGUUUUCGCUUACAUACCGAUGAAGCUUUACUGUGUGAUCACUCUGUUUGUGCCGGAUGUAAUCAAGAACUGCAGAAAAACGAAAGGGGGUGUCCGUUGUGUUCGGCAGUAAGAAAUCCAGCGCCAACACCGACAAAUCCUAUUCAUCCCAGUCAGGACCAAAUUGAAAUAACCAUGGAAGGAUUGGAAAAUUUGAAUUAUCGACCGCAGCGAAAUCAAACUGAAUUUUUGGUUGCUCUGCAAGCAUUGAACCUUAUUCAUCAACUGAACCGGUCUGAAAACAACGGAGAAAGUAUUCAAGAAAGACAAGCUGCACAGAUGAGGAAAAUCAUUCAAGACGACUUGCCAAAAGCAUUUUUGGUUCUCACUUGCGUCUUUGUAGCCGGUUAUUUCUAUGGAAUGAAUAUCAUGUUGUGGAUUAUCUUGGGAGCAUCAAUGCUAAUCACGAGACCUCAUCUUGAAUCAGCUGCAUUUAUUUGUCAAAUCCUUAAUACAGGAUUGAUUAUAAUGAUUCUCUACAUUGAUUUCUAUCAAUUUCUCAUUUUUACACUAGUUGAAAUAGCUCAUGUUAUACCAUUAGAAAUUAUGUAUCGAGUCGCGUUCAGUGGAUUAGAUUUCUAUCGACAAAUUCUAUAUUUGUGGGUUGGUUCGGCGUCUAGGCUUGCCAUAGCUUGGGCAUUUUUUCCUGACUUGUUCUUUCACGCUGUACUGUCUGGAUGGCUUGUUAUGUUUUUGAAAAAAAUACUUGAAGAUAGAAAGCGUGGGAACAUGACAUAAAAUCUAAUGAUUAUCUUAUAUUUUGAAUAUUUAUUAAGCUUUCAUUAAAAGAUUCUCUAAAAUUAUUGUAAUAUUUUGUAAUUUAUUUUACGACCUUCUUCCAAUAACUUUUAAACUUUUUAGAAAUGUAGGUAAUUUCACUUUUUGAGCUUACUUCAGAACUUUAAAUAAAAUAGCUGCGAUCUCAGUUUAGUCUUCUGGCGUUGGAUUUUUGUUUAAAAAACAGACGUUUAAAACUGUUGUGUAAAUGUAUAUUACCAUUAACUAGGCAUGUAUUCUAGUCGUUAACUAAUUUUAUCAAAAAUAACUUGUAGUCUUACCAAUACGGAAUUUAUUGCGCCAUCGAAUCCCGUCCGUGUCAAA